UUCAAAACAGGAGAUGAAAGAUAAAACGGCCGAUAUUUUGGGCAUUUCGAAAUCGGCGGUGUAAAGUAUUCCAAACGAAUACACUAAAACGGAAACUGUCAAGCCAGCUGCAGCACUAAAAAAACGCAUGUUGAUUUCGACAAGUUGUGCAUUAGAAAAAUUGUGCAUAGCUUUUAUUUAAAAGGAGAGUUACCUACAGCAAAAAAGGUAUUACAGGUAGUAAAUGCCGAUGAAUCCCUACCAAGCAUGGGCAGGACAUCGCUGAAAAAAGUUCUAAAACAUUUGAAAUUUAAAUAUGUCAAACGAAGGAGAAAUAAUGCGUUAAUCGAUAGAGAUGACAUAGCAUUGUGGCGUAUAAAAUAUUUGAAAAACAUGAAAACUUUUCGAGAGCAAGGACGACCAAUAUAUUACUUGGAUGAAACUUGGGUGAAUGCAGGGCACACUGUCGACAAAGUGUGGGAAGACACUACAGUGAAGACACGCAAACAAGCCUUUUUAGAGGGUCUGUCGACGGGCGCUAAGAAUCCUACGUCUAAAGGCAACCGCUUAAUUAUUCUGCAUAUUGGAGGCGAAGAAGGAUUCGUGCCGGAAUCAGAAUUGGUUUUUGAAUGCAAAGGUACAGGCGAUUAUCACGAAUCAAUGAACGCCGCCAAAUUCGAAAAUUGGGUCAAAGAAAUGUUGCCAAGACUCAGGGCCGGAUUUAGGGGGAGGGGGCCUCCACUCCUUUGUUGCCCCGAGGCCUCUGGACCCCUAAAUCCGGCCCUGCCAAGACUUGAGCCGACCGCGGUGGUUGUGAUGGAUAAUGCGAGCUACCACUCAAGGCGAAAGGAGAAAACCUCCGUCACAAGUUGGAAUAAAACAAAUAUUCAAAAAUGGCUCACAUCUAAGAAGAUUACUUAUGAACCAAAAGAAACCAAAGUUCAGUUAUUGGAAAAAGGUGUAAAAACAGAGUACCAAUCGUACGUUAUAGAUGAAAUGGCGAAAGAAGUUGGUGUGGAGGUAUUAAGAUUACCUCCAUACCACUGUGAGUUGAACCCUAUUGAAUUGGUGUGGGCAGACGUGAAGGGCUACCUGGCAAGAAAUAAUACCACAUUUAAGAUGGUAGACGUAAAAAAACUGAGUCUCCAAGAGGAGUUGAAAAACAUUACACCGGAAAAAUGGAAAAAACUGUAUAAGCCACGUAAAAAAGGAGGAAAUAAAAUUAGGUGGUUUAGACAAUAAUAUCGACCAAACUAUUGAUUCUUUUAUCAUCAAUGUAACAGGUGAAACGUCGUCUGAGGAAAGCAGCAGGUCUGAUACCACGGAAUCUGAUUCUGAUUAACCCUUAAAGUCGCAAUGUAGUUUCUAAACUACACAAUAUUUUAAUCGAUAUUACAUACCUAUUAAAUUACCUAUUAUCGAUUUAACCUCUAAAUAUUUAUUACGACUGGCAACUUUGAUAAUUUUAUAUUCUUUUGUUACUUUUUUUCGGCUGUCAAAAUUUUGGCGGGUAAAGAAAAAGUGUGAAGGUUUUUGUGCAAAUUAUAUUGUGAAUAAAAGUUUUAAUUUUCGAGGUAAGUUCAAUAUUAUUUUUGAUUAUUGUAGUCUAAAUGUUUGUUUUGCAG